CAUCACAGGAUAGUUCCCUUCCCGCGUCCCCUGCAGACGCGGCUUCAUUAGCGUUGGGUUCGUUCUGAGCCCUUGGCCUGCCCCGGUGGGUCUGGUUAAAACUCGGGGGCUCUGGAGGCACGAGUGGCUUUAUUGCAGCCUCACUCCUCAGCAGGGUCCAAGCCUGCUGGUUUGUUUAUUGGAGGGUUACUUGCAAGCUCUGACCUGCGGAGGCUGAGGAUGGAGGAGGUGUCUCCCAGCAAGUCGCAGGCACAGGCCCACCCUACCAUGGCCUUCCUCAACGUGGCCCGCACUUACGUGCCCAACACCAAGGUCGAGUGCCACUACACCCUGCCCCCCAGCAUGAAGCCGUCGGCCCGCGACUGGAUCGGGAUAUUCAAGGUGGAGGCCUCGUCCGUGCGGGAUUACUACACCUUCGUGUGGUGCGUGGUGCCCGACGGAGGCGUGGAGGGGGCGCCCGUCCAUUCCAGCGUCCAGUUCCAUGCCAGCUACCUGCCCAAGCCGGGGGCCCAGCAGUACCAGUUCCGCUACGUGGACCGCCGUGGCGAGGUGCGCGGCCAGAGCAGCCCCUUCCAGUUCAGCGAGCCCCGGCCCAUGGACGAGCUCGUCACGCUGGAGGAGGAUGACGAGGGCAACAUGGACAUGUUGCUGGUGGUGCCCAAGGCCACCCUGCUGCAGAACCAGCUGGAGGAGAGCCAGCAGGAGCACAGCAGGCUGCUGCGAGAGAAACUGCAGCUGGAGGAGGAGGUGAAGGAGCUGCAGGCCCGGAUUGAGCAGCUGGAGGAGGCUCUGGGCACCAUGCGGGAUGAGCACACCAAGCUGGCCGAGCAGUACAAGGAUCUCUCGAGCUCCCAUGCAGCCGUGAUGGAGGAGCGGGAUGCGCUGAGCCGGCAGCAGGCGGGACAGCUGGCCCGCAUCCAGGAGCUGGAGGAGGACGUUCAGGCCCUGAGCGAGAAGGUGCUGCAGAAGGAGGUGGAAUUGGACAGGAUGAAGGACACGGUGAAGUCCCUGGUGCGGGAGCAGGAGCAGAUCCACCACCAGCUCAAGGAGGAGAACGCCGAGAAGGAGCAUUACCAGGUCAAGCUGCAGGCCUCGGAGCAGGAGAGCCGGAAUCUGGCCUGCGACCUGCUGCUGGCCAAGACCCGGCACGGCGAGAAGGUGUCGCAGGCCCUGGUGCUGCAGGAGGACAUCAGCAAGCUGCAGCAGAAGCUGGCAGCCGCACAGCAGAGGACGGCCCAGCUGGAAGCGCUGUGUGAGCAGCUCCGCUCCACCCAGGACCUCCUUGCUGCCAGCCAGCAGAAAGUGGUGCUGCUGGGGGAGGAGUUGGCCAGCGCCUCCUCCAUCCGGGACCGGACCAUCUCGGACCUGCACAAGAGCCGGCUGGAGUCAGCCGAGACCAACAUCAAGCUGGCGGACAUGACCCUGAAAUGGAAGGAGGGGAAAGGCCAGUGGUGGAAGGAGAAGAGCAACCUGCUGCAGAGCAUAGAGGCAGAGAAGGACAAGAUCCUGAAGCUGAGUGCCGAGGUGCUGAAGCUGGAGAAGAACCUGCAGGAGGAGCGAGCCCAGAAGCAGGCGCUGAAAUCUGAACUGUCCCACGAGAGGGACUCCAGCCUGGUGCAGCUGUCGGAGAGCAAGCGGGAGCUCAAGGAGCUGCGCGCAGCCCUGAAGGUGGCUGAGAAGGAGAAGGAGCAGCUCCAGGAGGAGAAACAGGAGCUGCUGGAGUACGCCCGCAAGCUGGAGGAGCGGCUGGAGAAGGUGGCCGACGAGAAGUGGAGCGAGGUGACGGUGGCCGAGGAGGAGGAGACGGCAGCCACGGCGCUGAGCUCCCUGGACUCCCCACUCUCGGACUCGGAGGACGAGUCCCCCGAGGACAUGAGGAUCCACACCCAGCUCAGCCCCUACAGCCUGUGCGACAACCGAGCGGCCACCAAGACCCCGCCGUGCCUGCGGGAGCCCAUGCACAGGGUGGUGAUCAGCCAGCCGGCCCCCAUCACCACCCAGAUCAAGCAGGCCACUGAGGACAACAGCUCCGACUCAGAGGCGGAGGACGAGAAGGCUGUGCUGAUGGCAGCCGUGCGGAGCGGAGGGGAAGAGGCCAGUCUGCUGCUGCCCGAGCUGGGCAGCGUCUUCUAUGAGAUGGCAAGCGGCAUCACAGGCCGCCAGCCGUCGGACCCGGGCCCCUGCGGGAUGGGGGCCUCCCCGCUGGACCUGCCCGCGUCCCCCGGCCUGUGGAAGGAGUGCCCCAUCUGCAAGGAGCGCUUCCCCCUGGAGUGCGACAAGGAGGCGCUGGAGGAGCACGUCGACAGCCACUUCUUCUUCAGCGCCCACGACCCCUUCGCCUUCGAGUGACACCCCCGUGGCCCCCGCCUCUCCCUGCCUCUCCCCGGACCCUCCUGUCAGGCACUGCCAGGCUGGCUCACCCCCUAGGAGCCACACCAGGGUGCCCUGGGCUUCCCCGAACGCUGGGGGGCGAUUUUACCCCCUCCUCCUGCCCUCCAUGGCAUCUGAGAGCAGGGAGUGAAGGGGGCGGGGGGGAGCUGGGCACUAACGCCCCCUAGUGGCUGUUCCCAGGCAGGUCUGUAGGCCUGAGGUCUCCAGCCCCCACCCUGCUGCCUUAGGCUGAAAUAGGGCGAGUUGCUCCCACCCCCCAAAUAUGGGGUUCAACCACUGCAGAUGCUGAGUGCUCAUCAGUUGCGGGGAGAGGGGGGGCAGGCACACACACCCCUUGGCUGUGGGAGCUGUGUGUCAGGGCAAUAGGAAUCCCCGGGGCGGGGCGGUGUCCCCAACUCCCAUCUGCCUCCUGGUACCUGAGCCUGCUGCAUAGAGCUGGGGAAGGUUCGCUGGGGGUGGGGGGUGUUGGAGCUGCGAGCUGCCCUAGGGACACACUGUCUUCCCCCCUUUCCCCCAAUGUUUCCCUUGGGGCUCCAAACGCGGGGUGCUGGGAACUGCUGGGCACUGGAUUUUGGAAGAUACAGGAGGUAGAGGGGCAGUUCAGAGAAGGUGAGGCCAGGUGAGGUUAGGCAGAUUUCCUGGGUCCCUCAGGGCUCUGGGAGGGGCAGAAGGUCAGUAAGAGGAGAGCAGGGGAGGGGGCUGAGUGGGGUUAGGCUGCCCCAUAGUUCAGGCUAAAAGGGGCCUGGAUUCCCCCCCCUCGUGGACACCACCCUGGAUCCCAAAGGCAGCUGCCUUGUGCUGCUCCCUGCCUAUGUGCCAGGGGUCCUGGCUCCACCCCGAGCUCCGCUCCCCUGGGGCCAGUCAACUAGCCUUUGGGCCUCUGGCUGGGCUACUGGUUUCCAUGUCUGGGCUAGGGAAUUUCAUGGCUGUCGUAAGGAUCUGUUCCCCCAUGGGACUCAGUUUCCCUGGCUGCAGGGCAAGGAGACCCAGCCCCCCACCCACCCACCCCGUCCACUGCUCGGCCCUGCAGGAUGCCAGCACGUGCCAAGAGCCAGCCGAUAAUGCUGGGAGCGCUCCGCUAACGACCGAUGAUUUGUUAGAAUGUCAGCUGGGUAAAUAAUUGGCACAACGGGCCUUCCAUCGGCUCGUUCGCCACCGCCGCCUCCCACGCGGGGUUAAUGGCCCAAGAGGGUCCACAGGAUCCAGAGCCCCAUGCACCGAAACCCUUCCCUUCCCGGCGAUCUCAGGUGGGGGGUGGAAGCGGGGAAGGGUUGUGGGGGGGAUGCCCAGGUUAUGGGGGGAGGGCAAAGGGGCCUGAGCUGGUGCCCAGAGCUCUGUGUGUGUGUACACCAGGGUAUCUGUCCUGUCCCAGCCCAUGUUGGGGGCUGGGUUUCCCCAGCUGCUUUUCUCUGCCAAGCGGCCUCCUGGCCCCAGCAUCCCCUUGGCCUAGAAUUGAGCCACUCCCCGCUCCGGGUCUGAUCCCAAUCUCGGCUGCCCCAUGGGGCGCCCCAGGGAUCCCAGCCCCCACCUGGGUGUAAAUCAGGAGUGACUGCCAGCGUCUCCUGGGGCAGAACCUGGACCUGGCUCUCUGUCGCAAUCUGCCCCUCCCCGCAGCCUCUGGGCAGUGACUGUGCCAGGGGCAGUAAUGAGGUGGAGUGUGAACGGACCGGGAGACAGGGAGGAGAGGUCCAAAGACCCACCUGGCCAACUUGAGAGUUGACAGGGUCCCUGGGGCAUGGGUGGGGGGGCAGGGUGCACCAGCCCUGACAUGACAGCGGGGGGGUGGGGGGCACAGACCUUGCAUGAUCUCUGGGAGCUGCAGGGGGGGACACAGCCUGACUGAACCCCUGGGGAGACAAUGCGGGGAGGGUCACCAGCCCUGGAAUGACCCCUGGAUGGGGCAGCAGGCAGGGCAGAGUCUUGACACUACCCCUGAAAUGGUUUUAUUUUCACUUUGUUUUUUAAACACUUGUCCAUUAUUACUGUUCUAAUUCUCAGGAUUCAGGGUCCCUCUCCGCCGGGUCUCUGCGUCUCAUAGCUACCCGCUGUAGCAUGCUCAGUAAUUAGUGUUGAUUUGCAGUUGGUUUGCUUGAUUUCGGGGGCAGGGGGGCAGUUCAACCCACCCCCACCCCCUUGUACAUACCCCACCUUCGAUUAUUCUCAUGCACUUGCUUUUUGUAUUCACGGUUGCAAUUCCUUUUAUUUUUAAUUUGUUUUUUUUAAAUAUAAUACUGUUGUGAGUCUCCAUUUGCCCCCUGCUCUUCUUGUGGGGGAGGGAGAAAGAAGCCAGGCGUCCGGCUCGCCCCCGAGUUCUCAGUUAGUUGGCUGGGUGGGAUGAGAGUUCGUGAUUGUGCCUUUUGAACGCAGAAGAUGAGGCUGCUGUUUUGAUCACUGGUUUAUGGGCGCUCUUUAUUUUGUAACUUACCGUGGUUGGUGAUUCUGAUGUGUCCAGCUAUUCCCUGCUUCUCCCCAGGCCCAUACCUAGCCGGUUUUUGUUGUUUUUUUGAUGUUUUUUUCCCCCCGACAAAGACAACUAAGGUCCCCGAACGUCAGAGCAAUAAAAAACCAGUGCGCACACACAGACACACGCACGCGCGCGGCCCAUGUAUAGUGUGUAUAUAUAUUUAUAUUACAUGUCUUGGCUAUUCUAAUAAAAUCCAGUCUCUUCAAA